GUGUUUAAGAGAUAAAGUCGGGCCGCCUGGUUCACCUAUCGGCCCGAUGUAUAACGUGACUCUCACAUGAUUGUCUCACCGCGCUCCUCGCGUUAACCUUCCAUCACACCGUCUGGGGUGCACGAAGUUAAAGGACCUAGGAAUCGUUUUUAAUCUGAUAUGGACGUGGCUGCUCCCCCAUCUCCCCCACCAAAACCCUGCACACAGUGUAAAUUCUGUCCGUCAACCAGCAGAAGCUUCGAAUCUGUACCAUUCACUCGAAUCGAUUUCCUUCUCGCCUGCAAUGAGCCCCCGACCGAUGACGAGUGCGCUGAAUUCGAAAACAUCAUUUCGAAUGGCGAUAGUCAUAUCAGCCAUCUCGACCAACGCCUUUCACAGGUCCAGAAAUUAAUAUCAGAUCUCACUACCGAGAAGGGUAUUGUCCGGAAACGGAUCGCUGCAUCGAAGAGAAUCAUGAAUCCUGUGCGCAAGGUACCAUACGAUGUUUUGGAGCAGAUUUUCUCUUGUGCAGCAGAUGAAGAAGACGUAAUGGACACGCCUGCUGCUUGUCCCAGCGAUUCCCUUGAUUUACGUCACUUUCAUUGGGCUAUCUCCCGCGUCUGCUCCACGUGGAGAGCAGCAGCGCUAUCAACGACCCGUUUGUGGUCGACAAUAAGCCUCGACCUGGGGAAUGAGGCUUACGGGAACGGACAUCUAAUACUCUUGAGUAAAGUAUUUAGAGAGAUCUGGUACACGCAGUUUGUCUGUCUUUCUUGGUAGCAAGGACAUUUAUCCACUCCCACUUCUUCCAAUCAUAUUCUCGUCGUCUUCCCGAUGGCGGUAGCUACAUGUUUCUCUCCCUAACAUCGAAUCGCUCCGACUUCUAGAAUGUGUAUCCGGCUCAUUGGGAGCAUUACAAGAACUCCGGAUAUCUGCGUCCCGCAUAGACAUAUUUCCCCUUCUAUGG